UUGCAGUGUUGCUUGGACGGACUCACGCGUCUUUACGCUUGCUGACCGUUGUCACACUGGCUUCUACUAGAACAUAUCGCUGAAAACGGCGAGGUAACGGACGCUAAAUAUUAUGCGGUUCCCUUCAUUGCAUGGACAAAGUGCGCCGCAUGGUCGUCUAUAUAUUAAUUCGCGCGGAUCACUAGAGCGUAAUUCAUUGUCCGGAGGAAGUCUGCAUCGAUCCAUUACUUCCCGUUUUCAAUUUGGACGGAGGAUGUGCAAACGGCUUGGUCAAUUAUUACCAGCAGCGAUAGCUUGGUCGCUGAUUGUUAUCUGUACUCUAUGUUUCUACUAUUUCCUUGCACCAGCCGUUGCCGUUCGAUGGGGAUGGUAUGGAUGGGCGUUAUGCGGUGUUGAUCUCCUCCUAUUUCUUAUGGUGAUCUCGAAUUUGGUCAUGGCAAUGUGUAUGGAUCCGGGCAUCCAUCCCUACGGAUACGCUACAGAAGAAAUGAAUACGGACGAUUUCCGUUCACCUUUGUACAAAAAUGUUGAAAUUAAUGGUAUAACAGUACGGAUGAAAUGGUGCGUAACAUGUCAGUUCUAUCGACCACCUCGUUCAAGUCAUUGCUCUGUGUGCAACAGGUGCAUUGACACAUUUGACCAUCAUUGCCCCUGGGUUCACAAUUGCGUAGGAAGGCGAAAUUAUAGAUAUUUCUUCUUUUUUCUUUGUUUUCUGAGUCUACACAUGUUGUAUGUUGCCUCGGUAUGCCUUGGUUAUACUCUUGCACACAGGCAAGACAUCCUGAGUCGACCAAACCUCUGUUCUAUCGUGCUGUUAGCAUUAUGCGCCAUAUUAUCUGUACCUGUUAUCGGACUUACGAUCUUCCAUAUAGUUCUCGUCUCUCGUGGACGAACAACGAAUGAACAGGUAACCGGAAAAUUCCAAUCUGGCUAUAACCCGUUCACUGUCGGAUGCAUGGGUAACAUUCGACGAACACUUUGUGGAAGCCAAUUUCCUUCCUUCACAAAAUAUGAGGAAUCUGCUGCCAAACGAGGCCGUAAGAACCGAUCAGCCGUUGAAGAUGCGAAAGUCAAUGGAACGCUGAAAAAAGGAGAUACAGAAGAAGUUGACGAAACAACUGUUCUAUAUGUGCCGGAUAAGGAUGGAGUGAAGGAUGGGCAUAUUCGGCUAAAGCAGCUUCGUAUGCCCGAAACUCAGUCUGUUGGUACUUCAAUGUCAUUGGUUGGUGCUGAGCCUAAUGCACAACGAGAGCGAGAUGGAUCGACUUGUAAUCUUUUUGAAUCAGCUCAAGGAUCACCGCGGGUGAAUAGUCCCACAUCACCUGCAUCAGACGCAUAUAAGGCCAGCUUUGAAGAAGCUACUCGUGAUGCUAUAGCCUCACAGAAAUUAAACUCGGACGUAUCAAUAGCCGUGUCGCAAGUGCUGAACAGUGAUCGUUCGCGACCGCGAGGUUUUGCUGAUGCAGUGAGGAUUCACGACCAACUAAGUUCGCCGUCAAAGUCGGUGGCAUUGUAGUGUGCGUAUGCGCCUUAACUCGCUAAUCAUCGAAAAAUUCGUUGCCAGUGAGCUCCCCUUUACGGUCACAGAGUUACUUUGUACUGGCAGUUCUGUUCGGGUACGUAGCGUUUUUCUGCCUCUGGAAGGACUGUAUAUUGUGUGUGUAUUGCAGUUCUAUGAACAGUCAUAUUAGUAAUUCGCAACAGUCGCAAAGUAGGUGAUAUAGGUCUAUAAUAUAAUUUGUAUUUUUACGUGAUAAUUGUUGUAUGUCGUCCAUACUUUUCACCAUGUCUGAAAGCCUCUAGCUGUAAGCGAGCUUUUUCAUACGUGAAUCCUCCUCUAUCUGGAAACGAACGAGUCAGAAAUCUGUCUUACAUAUUUGUUUUGCUGCACCCUGUAUGUAUGCGCGAAUUUGCUUGUUAUAUUUAUUGAUAAUAAUCUAUAAAUUGACGUUCUUUCCAUGCCACUCUGCAAUUUUGUUACUAACCUCUUUGUACACGUUCACCGAUGUUUUUCCUCUCUUUAUGGUUGCUUAUGAAAAAUGUUUCUGAAGCUCUUUUUUUGAAGAGAUGUAUCUAUCAAUGAUUGACAUUUUCAUUUUCAUCUCCCAUCUUUGCGAAUUUCGCGCUCAAAUGAAGCUGAUCAACGUUUUGAGA